AUGUGUGCAAAGUUUCUUCAAAACAUAUACAAAACAUUCUGGUUUCAAUAUAAUCAUAUGGCAGUUUUUACGCAGGUUGUAAAUCCUUUGACAGGACAAAACGAAUGGGCUGUACAUGGCGAUGAUUACGAUUAUGAUGUGGAGUUAUCUUGCACUGGAUUUGGAGACAUGUUGCAUGACAAGGAACGCAAUCAAAAGUACUUCGCAGCACUCCGAAUGGCCAUAGCUCGUAUGCAUGCUGACGGCCGAAAAGCCCACGUGUUGGACAUUGGUACAGGUACGGGGAUAUUGUCCAUGAUGGCACUAACCGCCGGCGCUGACACCGUUACAGCAUGCGAAGCAUUUAUGCCAAUGGCGAAUUGCGCUGAGCGCAUUUUUGCGGCAAACGGGUUUGGCGAUAAAGUGCGUCUGGUAAAGAAACGUUCAACAGAAAUGCGUAUCGGUGAAGAUAUGCCGCAAAGGGCUAAUCUGUUAGUGGCUGAGUUACUAGAUACUGAGUUGAUAGGUGAAGGUGCUAUUAGUAUAUACAAUCACGCGCAUAAUGAACUACUAACAGACGACGUCAUAUGCAUACCAUCAAAAGCGACGUGUUAUGCCCAAGUUGUACAAUCGCCAUUAGCCUCACAAUGGGACACAAUGAAAAUUGUGGCUGAUUUGGAUGGUAAUAUCCUGCUGAAACCCCCUAAGGAUGUAGUGCAAUGCAAAGGUGACGCUGCGGUUCACGAUGUACAGCUCUCGCAGCUAAGCUGGCACAGUUUUUUGCCUUUAACAAAACCAAUAGAAAUUUUUGAGUUUGAUUUUAAUAGUAAGCAGAAUAGACCAGUGCAACGACAACAAUUGCGUGAAAUAAUUGCCUUACAACCAGGCUCAACUGAUCUAAUAUUUUAUUGGUGGGAUAUAAAUAUGUACUCGGAAGACAGCCUGUUGUUGAGUUGUGCUCCGUAUUGGGCCCAUCCGGACUACAAAACCAAGAACGAUGUAAUACCUUGGCGUGAUCAUUGGAUGCAAGCUAUAUAUUACAUACCGAAACCACAACAUAUUUCCCGAACUGGCGAGAAAUUUGUGCUAAGUUGUAACCACGAUGAAUAUUCACUUUGGUUUGACGUACAUAUCACGCCAGAGUUAGACAAAGCUGUUUCACGACAUGCUUGUACAUGCAAUCUUCACUUAGCCUAUCCCCGUUCACGCAUUGGUCAAAUGAAUCAGUCGGUACGUAACAAAAGGUAUUUAAACUACUUGGAGAAUAAUUUAACCAAAGACUCCCAUGUCCUAUGCCUUGGUGAUGGAUGUGUGUUGGGUGUGGCUGCAGCAAAAAUGGGAGUUGCUUCAGUUGUACUGUGUGAAAACCAUUAUUUCUCGAAACGUUUCAUGGAGUCUGUGGUGGAAAACAAUGAGAUUAAAAAUGUCGAAUUGGUCGCAAAUAUAAACAGCAUACCGGAGUCCAAGUUAGCUCAGUUAACACAUAUAUUUGCGGAGCCAUACUUUUUUAGUGCUAUACUUCCUUGGGAUAAUUUUCAGUUCGGUCAUCUUUUACAAAGCAUUCUGGAGAAAUUGCCACCGACAGUGAAAAUUUCACCACAUUCCGCCAAAAUAUUCGCAGUGCCAGUACAAUUCACCGACCUUCAUAAAAUCCGUACACCUGUGCAGCAAUGCGAAGGCUUUGACUUGAGGCUAUUUGAUAGAAUGAUUAAGCAUGCUCGUGCAAAGUUGCCGGAUCAUAAAAUUGAAGCACAUCCACUUUGGGAAUAUCCCUGCAAAGCUUUAGCGCAACCUCAAACUAUUUUAAAUGUAGAUUUCCGCAAUUUUAACAAGGAACAGUGCUCGAAUGGUGACAUGCAGACAGAGAGUGAUGGAACUUGCAACGGCGUCGCUCUUUGGGUGGAAUGGAAUAUAGAUGGAGGUUCUGCUUCUAAAUCGAUUGUGAGUACAGGCCCUACAGAACCAGUCGUGCCAGGAGAGUUUAUUAAAUGGGAUAUGUUCGUUCGACAAGGUGUACAAUUAUUUGAGCAGGAUCAUCCUGUUAUUAACGGGAAAAGUAGCAUACGGUGGACAUUGCAACACAAGCCAGCAUUAAGCAAAAUUGAAUUAGAUUUUAAUGUGAAUGUAUAACGUAAAUCCCGUAUUUGUGUAUUAUUUAAGAUAGUACGUUUAACUCUAAAUUUUAAACUCAAUUAAUAUAGUUAUAUAUUUGAAAACAUCAAUAUAACAAUAUAAGGACAUAUUUGACAAAGUUACAGACACACAUACAUAUAUGGAGCGUAAUUAAUUUUUUGGUAUUUCUUGUUCCAUUUGAGUUAGUACAAUAUUACGAUCGGUCUGUGUAGCAGGAGUUGCUUGCUUUUGGCCAAAUUCACCACCUUUUAGACGCUUGCGCAAGUCUAAGGCCCGAAUGUCGGUCAUUAAGGAAUGCUCUUUGUUCUCUAAAUCAACGUCAAUUUUCUGUGCAUGUUCCUCCAACAAAUUGUAAUUUGCUUUCGAUUCAUCAAUUUUGUCCAUUAGAUGACGACGUAUAGCCUGCAGUUUUUGAACCUCCAAACAUAGUUGGUCAUGCGCCUCAUCCAAACACAGUUCCAUGCCAGAGCGUUGUGCCCUGUUCUCCAAACGUGUCUCCGCUAAUUUCAACCCAUCGGUUUUAUCUCUUAGAGCUUGCUCCAAAGUUUUUAUUUCGCACACAGCUUUCUCCAUUUCUUCUUUCAUCUGAAAAUUUGUUUUUCAAAUGUUUCUUUUGAAAACUUUUUAUAGUCAAAAAAGUGUUUACCUUCAUUUGCUGCCACUGCAGUUCAUUACGUGCACGUUGUGUCUCGAAGAUACGUUUGCGUAUGGCAUGCUCGGCGCGUUCCUGCUGUGUUAUCAACAUAUUGCGCGCCUUUUCACGGCACACGAACAAGGCUUCUCGUAUAGCGUAGGUGUCCGCCAAUUCGUUCUCAGCCAUUUGCUUCAUAUUCUUGGUGUGAUCUAACCACCCUUGAUAGGUGCAACAACUAGAAAGGCGAACAAAUUUUGUAGUCUAUAUUAAGGCUUAAUGCACUAGGGUCUUACUUUUUUGGAUUACGCGUUGGAUCAGGUUUAUAGGUAAUAUUGGCUGCAAAUUUAUUUAAAUCAAGCUGUGCUACGUCCAAUUCUUCAGCCUCGGCUUUGUUUCCGACCUCCAACCCCAGUUUAAAUUUCACCUCCUCUAAGCGACUUAGUUUUUCCCAAGCCCUCUGGCAUUGGUCGGCAAGCAGGCGUUGAUUAUUCUCAAUAACCGCCAAUUCGUUUUUAAUCUCGGUAUCAGCGUCGUCGUAGGUCAAUUCAGACCCUAAACGACAAUCGCG